AUGGAAGUGUCUUCUCCCCCAGGAAACAUUGUGGGUAGAGUUGACGAAGAAUGGAGCAUCUUCCUGCCGAAAUACGCCGUCAAAAAUGCCAGCGGCGAAACGGUUUUAAGAAUCGAGGGUCCGUGGUUUAGGAUGAGCUGCUGCGACGACGUCGAGUUCAAAAUAACGUCGGCAGAUGGCAGCGUUCAGUUGGGCAAAAUCUCCAAGCAGUGGUCUGGACUGCUCAAGGAAAUGUUCACUGACGCCGACAACUUUGGGAUCACCUUCCCCAUGAACUUGGAUAUUGGCUGACAAACAGCAUGAGGAAGAACACAAUACCUAAUACAUAUUAUAACCUUUUUUUAAUAAAUGUUAUUAAGCAUGUAGGUAGCUGUAUUUUUACCUUACCAAGUAUGUUCACAGAAUAUGCUAUGUAUAUAUAGCCAAGUAUUCCCAGUAUAUUCUUAGAACAUUCCCAAUUGUAGUGCAUAGCACAUGCUACUUGUGGCCAAAAGGAUAUGCUAAGCAUUUCCCUAGUAUAUAAAAGCAUUAUUCCUAGCAUAUGCUCAGAACAUAUUUCUAAUAAUAUUAAAUAUCCUUAUAUGUAAGAAGUUGAUUCUGAGCACAUGCUAGGUAUAUUAUUUUGCUAUGUUG